UGGACAUUUUCGAAGGCAACACGCACAAAGGAAUUUCCUGUACCUGUCUGUUUCAGGAAUAUGACCGCUUUCAUCACUUGGAUUUGGUCAGUUUUUAAGCGGUGUGGACCCUUGCCAUGGCCGGCCAACCCUCCUCUCUUAUAUUUAUUAAUCAAACUUUGAACCUUUACAACCUUACUGCACUUUCUGGGCGUUGUUGCAGACAAAUCAAUGGCGAAACGCCUCAAGCUAAAACUUUCUCGAGUCAUUCCUGCACUUCAAUUCUGUCGUUCCAAAGGCCCUUCAACUUCUGCGCAAGCUCCAUCUCCCGCACAGUACCGGCUAUCUCCGUUCAACCCCAAAGCCGUCGAUAUCGCUUACCCAAACCUCCCCGCACCACCGCCACCAACACCGGAGCACGCUUUCGUCAAGCGCCACCGGUCACCCAGGGUCGUUUCACUCGGUUGCGGCUGCCUUUCAGGCCCAGGCACCCCGGAUCUAAACGCAUACUCUAAACACUAUGAACCAAAACAUCCUGCAAAUAUAUACUAUGCGUCACGCGACAGCGGCGUGUCUCCGGUUUGGGUGAACGAAAAGUACAAGAAGAAACAAAGAAACAAAGAGAAAAAGGCAAAACCAAGCGUUUCAUCUCGUGAUAGUGGCUUUUUUAGUAGCCAAGAAGAAGAGGAUUAUAAACAAGCCGACACCCUUAUUUUUACUUCAAAAAGCUUUUCCAAUGAGAAUUCCUUUGAAUGGGAUAAUUCUCUGGAGAGCACAACGUAUGAUUUUUACAACAGUGAAAAAACUACCAGACGUACAAAGAAGAAAGUAAAUACAAAUAUGAAGAAGAUUCGAAGACUGCGACGUUACGCUUCAAAGAGUCAUUAUAAAGGAUCGUUGUCGCCGGAGAAGUCAUCGAUUUUGAAGCGGAUGAUACCGUGGCCGGCGGAAGGGAAGGUGAGAGAGAGCGUGGCAGUGGUGAAGAAAUCGCAGGACCCGUAUGAAGAUUUUAAGAGGUCGAUGUUGGAAAUGAUAUGGGAGAAGGAGAUGUUUGAGGUUCAUGAAUUAGAGCAACUUUUGCAGUGUUUUCUGUCUUUGAAUUCGAGGCAGUAUCACGGAACAAUUGUGGAUGCAUUUUCCGAAAUUUGGGAGGUUUUGUUCAGUGAUUGUUCUAUGCAGGGCGAGUGAGUCAGCAAGCUGGUUUAAAGCUUAAUCAAGAAAGUGAAUGAGAUUUUAUUAAUUAAUUAAUUUUAUUUUUUUUCUUGAGGUUGGGUAGGAUUAGAUGAUAUGUGCUUGUUUUUUCAGCAACAUAAAACUGUAAAAUAAAGCUACUGUAUAAUUAUUUUGUGUUGUA